AUGGCUUGGGGUCGUCGACGUACCGGCCCAGGUGAACCCGCACCACCACUCCCAGAGAUCCCACCAAAGCCCAAAGAAGACACCGAGGAACCAGAGCCAGAAUCACGGCCACCCAGUGUCACCCCCGUGCCCAUCUCAGGCGAGCUACUCGGUUCGACUCUGCGAGACUACGACUGGUUCCAUCUUUACAAGACGAAAGAAGAGUGCGUCGCCGCUGCAAAGGCCCGUAAUGACUCGCUUGGACCCGUUCCGACGCCGUGGGUCUUGAUCAUGGUGGAAAAGAUGAAGAAAGCCGCUGCUGCUGCGUCUACGUCGAAAUAA